AGUCUCUACUCGUAAUCAACAACCAACGAACGAUGAGAGCCUUUCUCGUCUUCUUCCUCUUCAGCUGCCUGGGCUUCGCUUUCUUGGUGCCCUCGUCGCUAGGGUUCCAGUCCGAUGAGCUUCUUCUCGACGACGAGGAGUUCGGCCUCGAAGGCGGCCGAUCUCCCGAGUCCUUUCGCAUCCGAUCCCAGCCCUCUGGUCCGCAGUCGGCUCGCCGUAGGUCGUCGGAUUUCGGUGGCGGCGGGGGCAGUGACUCCGACUCCAAGAUCCAGUUCUCCCUCGAACACGCCUUCGGAGACUCCGAUUUCUCCCCCGCUGGCGCGUUCUCUGCUCGCCUCAAGACCUCGAGCCAUGGCGCUCAGACCCUUACAAAACUGCGGUUUUCAAGGAACGCUUUUACUGAAGCAGAGAAGGAGAAGUUUGAAAAGCUGUUACAAGGUGAUGACUUCUAUAGGAUAAGAUUACCAUCCAAUGUUGUGAGUCCUCCGGGAAGGGAGUACAUUAUUUCUGCCGUGAAAGCUAGAUGUCUUCCUCGUGAGGCUAUGGACGAGCAUUUUGUUAUACACAUGGAUGGUGUUAAUAUUUUGGCUGUUAAUUAUGGUUCUCCUGGGGCAUGCCAGUAUCCUCGGCAAUUGAAGCUUCCUGGAAAAUGGUCUUUCAACUCACACACAAUUCUGAAGAACACCGAGCAGGCACCAAGAGCUCCAGUAUUUUCUGAAGAGAUCCUCGGUGGGGAGGAGGGAGAGGGUGAAGGUGUAAAGCCAGUGGAAAGGUCCUUUUGGGCUAAAUAUUGGAUGUAUCUGAUCCCUCUUGGACUCAUUGUCAUGAAUGCCGUAACCCAAGCUCUGAACAUGCCUGAGGAGCAGGCUACUGGCCAGCCAGGCUCCCAAGGACCGGCAACAGCAGCAGUCCAGCGUGGGCCUCCUACUGCUGUGCGAAGAAGAUAAAAGGUCAUUUUUCAUGGACGGUGGAACCAAGCGCCAUCAGCACUUUCAAAUGCGACUGUGAGACCAUUGGGGUCACGAGACAGACCUAAAUUCAAAUUGUUGGGGGUGGUUAUAGGACUCUUUAAGAUUCCUUUCACCGAACGUGGAGUGGAGUGGGGGCUCAUGGGAGAAUGUAGCUUUAAAGGAAUACUUUCAUUAGACUAAUAACAGAGUUGAGGUAGAGACUUGGAGUGGCUCGUCGGGAUAUUCGGUUACUGCAUUUAUUAAUUUCAUAUUUCACUCCUUCACUUUCUUGGACCAAUUUAUAGAUUGGAGGUUUCAUUUAGAGGUGGUUAAGACCACCAAACUGAUCAACUUGAAAUUCUGUGUGUGUAUGUUUCUUUUUCCUUUUUUC